AUGGCAUCGAUGGUGAAAAAUUUGAUGAUGUUCGGAAAAGGUUAUACUCCUUAUACGACCAGAAAUGAUACGCUAUCUGAUAUUUAUGAUCAAGCUCAAGUAGCAUCCUUAAAUGUUGAAGAGAGGAUGGUCAACGAUGAUAAAUUAGAAUUAUUCGUUCAAGUAAUCAUGGAGAGGGUUGUGUGCGGUAUUGACCUACGUGAUACAUUAACUAUAUCAGAUAUGGCAAAAAUCGAAAGCCCGAAUUUUCAAUUGUGGAGUGGAGCACCAAACAAACGAGAUUAUACACACUUUUUCAAAGAUAAAAUAAAGAUUGGAAAGAUGUUGAAAGUAAUGAUCGAUCGAAUCGUGAGAAAAUAUGAGGCAGAAAACGCGAAAUUACACUCAUUAAGAAUUUAUGGUUUACAGUUUUAUUGUUUAGACUUUGGUGAGAAUGAGACUGUAAAAUAA